AUGGAUGUCACUGAGAAGUCUCAGGUGUCACCUGCAGUCGUUGGCGUGGGCCAGGGCAGCAAGCCCACAGAACGCCCUGUGCCUGCACCUCUACCAAACUCACUGCCCGCUCCAAUCCAACCACCUGCCUCGAAGAUCGUUCGUUUAAAACUGACCAAGCCAAAGCGUGCCAGAAAAGAUCCUCAGGAUGUGGAUUGGGAUGAAGAUCUCCGCCCAACACCUGGUGAAGAAGCCGAGGCCCAGAAAGCACAUGGAGGGGCAACUCGUGCUCAGACUGAACCAAAGAAAGGGAAGACAGCUGCGAAGCAGGGGAACCAGAAGCGUGCAAAGAUAUCGAAACCACGGACAACCUCAGCCAAGCGUAGGAAGUCGAAUUCGACGAAGAGCAACACCGCCAAGCGAGGUAUCAAGAUAUCACAGCUUCCAUUGACCACUGUUGCGACAAGUGCACUUGUAGCUCCUAUUGACAAAGAGAUACCAUGUGUUCCUGAUGAGCCAAGUAACCAAUGCAAUGUGACGACGGAGACCAAGGUCGAUCUACCCAAGACCUCUCACAAGACAUCUCUUCCGAAGGAUGACUACAACAAAAUCAUCAAGAAUAGUCCACGAGUGAGUGUCGAGAUCAGAAGCAGCCCUUCGAUCACUGGUGACUCGUCUCUCGGGUUCGAUUAUGAUAUCAAAGAGCACAGCCAGAUGGUCAGUAUCCUGGAACACAGGGCACAGUUGGAAGCACAGAAGAAAGCUGGGAAGUCUGGUCGUAUCAUAUCUGAGACAGAUUCGAUUUCCAGCCGUGACGCGAAAAAUCCAGCUAGUGGAAGUGCUUCGAAGCUCACCAUACUGCAGUCAAGGGUGCUUCACAAGCAAAAGAUCAGAAAGUCAAAGGUUGCAUGCGUGGAGAAGUCUCUCAAGUCUCACAAAUCCCACGGGAGAGCACAAAGUGUUGGCAGCAAGCUCAUGCUUGCGCUUCACGGCGAAGAUUCUCAGCAUGGACCGGUCUUUAACAGAGAUGCUCCUAUCAUUAUCUCAUCCGAUCCAGUGGAGCCUCAGAAGUCUCCCGAAAGCAAACAGCCUGAUCCAAUGCCGACUCAGACAAUGCCGACACCUCAUGGCAUCGAGAAAGUGCAAAAGCAUGCAGUACGUGUCGACAGCCCUCACCAUUCAUCCAAGUCCGACAAAGUUAGAUCGUCAUCGCCGGUUGUCGUCGACGACACGAAAGAAGUCGAGUUAGUCGAUGCGACAGGUGGAAUGGCCUCCUGGGGCGCCUUUUUGUCCUCCUUAGGGCACAGUGAAGGGCCAAGCACGGAGGAUUCUUCAGACAUUGAAAUGGGAAGAGGUUUGAUUGAUGACGAACCGUCUAUCCUCGACUACCAUAUGGAGAUGGAACAUUUGUCCGGGUUUGAAACUCUGCAACCCAUGAUCCAUGAACCGACCACGCAUCUGCAGCCCACCAAGCCCGGCGAAAGCCCGAAGUCUACCUCUUCAGGCACUUCGAUUACAAGAAAGACUGAUAUACCCCCUGCAGGUGGAAACAAGAAACAUGAAUCCAGCCACACACCCGAGUCGCAGAAGCCUCUGUUGCGCAGCGAGGCCGAACAUCGCUCGCUCUCACCUCAGCAGACAUCGGCUCCAAGAACCAUAGUUGUCGACCGAAACGGCAGUCCUCAGCUUGUGUCCUUGUCAAUCAAGGGAGUGACUCCAUUCCAGGUUGACUUUGACGGCGAACAAGACCAAGAAGUCGCAACCAGCUCAAGUCAAUAUGAUCGAAGUUCUAGUGAAUUUUCCACUGCAAGUCAAUACAAAGGUGUCUUUUGGACAAAAUUCCAGCGAGAAAUGUUCCUGGCCUACGGAAUCGACACCGAAAAGAUGGACAGGUCACACACCUGGCCACCACAACCCAUGCCUAAGCUUUCAUGCUCGAAAGAAGACACAGCAGAUGGCGCCGACUCGGACAAGGAAUCAACGAGUGGCCCAGACUCUUCACAGCGGACGAUCGAAGAGAGGGGGUUGGGCGUGGCGCAAGAUCGACAAUGCGACAGAUCAUUCCGCACAGAUAUCUCGGUGUCAUCACAGCCAGAUAUGAAAUCACACCGCUCCUCGGAGGAGGAUCCAAUGAACUGGAUCUCGACCCUCCGUGUAGCACAGAAAGACGCGCACAACCUGUUGCACCAAACGAAUUCCAAUCUCUCAACUCAACUGGCGGCGGAGAAAGCAACCAUUACACGGGUUCUGGAGAUCUACCGCGAAGGGUGUGGACGAAUCCUAGAAGAUUUAUUCCAGGCGCAAGAAGCGCGCAUGACGCUAUACAAGCAGCAGAUGCAACAUGUCAAGGAGCAACACACGGAGAUCUGCCAGGACUUGGUCCGGGGGCUGCAGGAGCUGGACCGUCGGAUGCAACAGGGGCCAAUUUAA